UGAAAUGGGUGCAGAUCCAGCCACUUAUUAUUAGCUUCGUGAUCUACUACGUUUUAGACUCAAGCCGAAGCCAAGGAAGGAUGCCAGCCUUAAGCAAACAAAGCAGACUGCUGAACAUGUUUCCGACUGCAAGCAUGGAUGGAGACGGCUCAAGGAACUGUAGCUACGACCGCUUAGUGAAGAAGCGCAAGGCCACUUACUUGGUCAACAAAGAAGAAAAGACGAGACUGAGUAACGAGGUGCAAGAACUCGAAGCCCAGUUGGCAGCUCUGAGAGAGCGAGUGGGACUGACGGGAGAGCAGGGUAUUUACAAAGUGGCGACCAGCAACGUGGUGCUGAGUAAGGUACUGCGUCGGCAACAACUCCUAGUCGCCACCGCACAAGCGGGGCUGGCAGCGUGCUCGCGAGGAUCGCCCCACCCACUAUACUCUUACAUUCAUCUUGGAGUCGAUCACGAAUCUCGUCAGCAAACGCUCUCUGCAAUCCGAGAGUUUAAAAUUCAAAAUGGAGUGGACUAUUUGGAGGCACGUAGCCACCAUCUGGAUCUACAUCAGCCGUAUUCGUCGAGCGAGGAGUUUGUGGAUACUCAAGGGAAUUUCUGCUGCUCAAUAUUCAAUGUGACGCAGUUUAGAGGAGUCGAAUCUGUGCGGAAAGUUUAUGAAGCAGCUAUGUUUCACUUUUGGAACGAAGAGAUUUCGAUUUCAGAGAGGCUGGGAUGUAUCACAGUGCGUGAUGACUACAACGCAGCAGAGGACAAAUUCAGCAACUGUCGCUUAUCUUCUGGUGAUGAAGAAGGUGUCAAAACCGAAGUGAACCUCGCUUCCUUUGCUCACUACGUCGAUGCUAACCAUUCUGAUACCAACGAACCGUUUGCUGUUCUCGUGAGAGACAGCGUGGAUGUGGACGAAUUGUAUCCGUACAGUCCUAACGAAUGCGUCCGUAAAGAUCAAAUGGGUGCUAUUCUCUUGACGUCUAUCGAAAUUAAUGCAGGUUCCGAUGAAAAUCAAGAGAGCGAAAAGGGAGAGCGCAUUGUGGUCAUGCGGUCUGCAGGUUUCGUGAAGAUUCAACGCCCAACGUUUUCUUUGUCUGAGCGUAUUCAACGAGAUCUGCUCAAGGGAAUGGCGGCGAGAUUUGACGUCAUGCUCGCCUCAAUGAGAGGAGUAAUUUCUACCUGUUCUUGACGAUUUUUACACGAACUCCCUGAGAAAUGAUACUCUUGUGCGAAUUGUAAUUGCGCAUUGUCACAAAAUGGACCAAAAAAUGAAACAUGUGCAUAUUAUUAUGGUAUGGCCGCUCUAACAGUUGGUAACCAAAGGCUAAUAGAGGAGAAAGGUGCCGUUCCAUCUGCCAAUCCCGGUUUCUGCUCCAGUACAUUUGCUGCGAAAGAUCUACUUUGCGUUCAUUGCGGGUUUAAUUUAAGAAACGAAUUCUAUUUCUCUACGAUUGUACAUUUAGCAACCUGCAUUGAAUAGAUUCCCCCUCUUAAAAUGAUUAUCCAGUG